AUCGAAUCGCUUCUGAGAUGGGCCUCUCACGCGAGCGCAAGCAAGAGUAUUUUGAGAAAAUGGAGGGGCUCCUUGAUAUGUACUCAAAAAUUUUCAUCGUGUCCUGCGACAACGUUGGGUCAAAACAAUUUCAGCAGAUUCGCAUCGCCCUGCGUGGCGAAGCAGUCGUCCUCAUGGGUAAGAAUACGAUGAUGCGCAAAGUUGUGACUGCGUACCUGGUGAAAAAUCCGGGGCAUCCGUAUGAAAUGCUUCUUCCUAAGAUCAUGGGUAACAUUGGCUUCGUGUUUACUAAUGGUGACCUUGGCAAGGUGCGAGAGCUCAUCGAAGAUAAUCGCGUGCCUGCUCCAGCACGAGUCGGUGCGAUAGCACCGAUCGAUGUGAUCGUACCCCCCGGUCCCACCGACUGUGACCCCGGCCAGACCAAUUUUUUUCAGACCCUGCAGAUUGCCACAAAGAUUGUGAAGGGCCGCAUCGAGAUCACGUCCCCCGUCAACCUGCUGAAGGCGGGUGACAAGGUCGGCAACUCCGAGGCUGUCUUGCUCCAGAAACUUCACAUCAAUCCUUUCGAUUAUGGCCUUGUUAUCACGGAGGUCUACGAUAAUGGUUCCAUGUUCGACGUGAAGGUUCUCGACCUCACCGAUGAGGACCUCUCCAUCAAGUUUGGCGCUGCCCUCAGUACCCUCUCUUCGCUUUGCCUUCAGGUAGGCUAUCCGACAAUGGCCUCUGUACCUCACUCCGUCGCCAACGCCUUCAAGUCACUCGUCGCGAUCGCAGUCGAGUCUGGUGAUGCCUUCUCCUUCGCCAAAGCCAGUCCUUUCAAGGCCUUCCUAGCCGACCCCUCUGCGUUUGCCUGUGCUGCCUGCGCGGGCAACACCGGCAGCGACGCCAUCGCCAUCGAGGAGAAGAAAGAGGAAGAGGAAGAAGAGGAGGUUGACAUGGGUGGUGGCAUGGACAUGUUCGGUGAUGACGGUGGCGGUGGUGACUACUAGGGCGAACUCGCUUCAUCGUGAUUCCGGCCGAGGCCGGCGCAUUUAGGACGGGACUCCUGGUCGUCUCGAACACGGCCCAGAGGGGGGGGGGGGUGGUGGAGGCAUUCAAACAGGAUCUUAUUGUCCGGC